AUGCAUUCUCAACUGCUUACUGCACCAAAGAUCGUCAAACCAGGUCAAUCCAUUCAAAAUGCCAUUGACAAUGCACGCCCCGGAGACGAGAUCACUGUCGAAGCUGGCACUUAUGCUGAGCAGCUAAGCAUCACGAAGAGUAAUAUCAUUCUCAUCGGCAAGGAGGCUAUUCUGAUCCCGCCCAAGACCUUUACUAGGAACCUUUGCUCCGGCCUGAACAAGGGCUUUGCGGGUGUUGAGACAGAAGCCGGUAUCUGUAUCCACGGAAAGGAUGUCAAGCUUGCCGAGUUCGUAGGGGAGCAUCGCAAGGUUCUUUCGGUCGGCGAGUAUAUUGAGAACGUUAUCGUCACUGGUUUUGAGGUCCGCGGCUUCUCUGGCGAAAACAUUGCGGUCGCUGGUGGCAAGAAUGUCAAGAUCACCAAGAACAAGCUAGUAGAUGGUGCUCAAUACGGUUUUUUGACCGUUGGCUCCAAGAACACUCUUGCCGAGAGCAAUACCUUCGAGUCUACGACUGCCGCCGUUCUUUUUAUCGCUUUAUGCAUGGACGACCAAUCCGACGCCAAGUUCAAGGGGAACAACAUAUCUGGAUACUACAUUGCGCUCUGCACGCAAACGCCUGGCGGAGUGGUCAAGAAGAACAAGGUCAAGAACUGUUGCAUCGGACCCUUCGUCGACCCCGGCAUCAAGGGAGCAAAGAUAAUCGCCAACACUAUCACCAACCGCAACCCUGCCUGCCCGUCUGGCAAAGAUAGUGCUGGCGCUGGCAUCAUCAUCUUUGGAGCCAGCAACACGAUUGUCGAUGAGAACACGAUCGAAAACAUCAACAAUAAUGGAACGGGUGUUGGCAUUUUCAUCAACGAUGAUCUUGUCACCGGCGCAAAGGCUUCAGGUAAUGUUGUCAAGAGGAACUCGCUGAAGUUCAACGAUUUCGAUAUCUUCAACAAUGCGACGACGACGGAUAAUGUAUUCGUAACUAAUAAGUGUACUAUGUCGGCACCGGGAGACUACUGCGAUUGA